AAUUUUUAUACUUACCUUUAUAUCACCUUAUAUUCACUGCAAGGCACCAAGUAAGUAGGAACUAGGUGAUUGUCCUAGAACAGUUUCUAGGACUCAGAUUUCUCUAUGCAGGAAGGAAAGGAAGUGUCAUGGCUGUUCGUGGCCACUAGAGGCUCUCAGGGCUGGGCAGGGUAUGGGGGCUGUGUAUAUGUGAUCUCCCACUACCCCCCACCUGGCCAGAGCUAAAAUAAUAAAAUGCUGAGCUCACUGUUCCCCCACCCUCUUCCCCGGCACUGGGCUCCUCCUGCUGCUGGGACAGUGCUCCAGUAGCACUGACAGACCAACCGACAGAAGGGGUGGUGAGAAGGGUGGUGGCCACCAGGACUGGUAGGUGGGGAAGGCAGGGGGCUUAUGGGUCAGAGCCUGGUGGGAGAUGGGAGGAGAGGGGUGACUCCUAUUGGGAAUGAUACGGAGUGUGUCUCUGUCCCUUGGCGUAUGUUUCUGCCACCGUCCGUCCUAUCACUUAACCGUAGUUUACAUUGUCAAUGCAAGUAUCUCACACACUUUCUGGAUCUUUCAUAUUUGGCAUGGUGUGUAUGUGUAGCUUGUGUGUAUUUUCCAUAAUGUAAAAGACUGUGCAAGUUUAAUCUUCCCACUGUUUUUAGAGAAACUUUAUCGCAUUUAGAAGGCAUUUCCCACCCAUUGGUCCGGUGUCACCUUCCCAUCCAAAGCCAGGGACAAAUUGUGGGGACUCAGUCCCUUCUGAGACCGUCCCACCCUUCCCCCAACCUGGAAGUCCCCCAGCUCUUCUGAGCCCUUGCUUUCCCUUGGGAUUUAGAGUUUUAGCAAACAUAAAAAGUGAAAUCUUGAUUCCCCCACAAUAAAAGAAGAAACGAGGGUAGGGUAAGAGAACUCUUUUCCCCCAACCCCCUUGCUUUCUUAAACCAGUUUAGGAAAAAGGCUGAAUGAUGGGGAAAAGAGGAGGAAUUUCCCUGAAGUUCUCUGCCCCCCCUUCCUUUCAAUAGGAACCGGGCAUGGGGCCAGCUGUGUUGGCAGGGGCCCUGGCAGCUGUGCUUGGGCAAGAGGCACCAACGGGCAAGGUUGUAGGGGAGGGUGCUGCCAGGAUUUCUCUUGUCAUACAAUGGGCAGACAAAUCCAGCUUGGAUGCCUGGGAUCCCCAUCCAGAGUGGUUGGUUGAAGCUGGGGAAGCAGGAAGAAGGAAGCUCUCGUUCUAACUAAACAACCUAACCUCCUCCCAUCUUCCCAUGCCCAACUAGAUUUCUAACCUCCAAGGCAUCUAGUUCAUUGUUCUACCUCCUGGCUGGUCUAUGUCUUGCUGCAUCUGUGGACAUCUUUCCAUUAUCCAAUCACUUUCCCCAUGUCCCCCAGGCUCCGUGAGUGCCACACAGUGGGGAGGGGGUGGGGGCCAUCAUGUCAUCGUAUCAGAAGGAACUGGAGAAAUACAGAGACAUAGAUGAAGAUGAGAUCCUAAGGACCCUGAGCCCCGAGGAGCUAGAGCAGCUGGACUGCGAGCUACAGGAGAUGGACCCUGAGGUAGGGGCCCCAGCACAGGGAACCAGGGGCAGUCUCCAGGCAUUUGGGAAGGGUGAGGGGCCCUGGGUGGCUAAGAUCGGGGCUGCCCACAGGGCUUGGAGUCGCCAGGGGGCCAGGGAAAGGGUGUCUGUAGAUGUCUUAGGGAGCCCUGGGGGUGCCCCAGAUCAGAGAAGAGGUCCGACUUGCUCCCCAAAACUCAUCCCUCAGAACAUGCUCCUGCCAGCUGGACUAAGACAACGUGACCAGACGAAGAAGAGUCCAACGGGGCCGCUGGACCGGGAUGCCCUUUUGCAGUACCUAGAGCAGCAGGCACUAGAGGUCAAAGAGCGUGAUGACCUGGUGCCCUUCACAGGCGAGAAGAAAGGGAAACCCUAUAUUCAGCCCAAGAGAGAAAUUCCUGUACAGGAGCAGAUCACUCUGGAGCCUGAACUGGAAGAGGCACUGGCCAAUGCCACAGAUGCUGAAAUGUGUGACAUUGCAGCAAUCCUGGGCAUGUACACGCUGAUGAGCAACAAGCAAUACUAUGACGCCAUCUGCAGUGGAGAGAUCUGCAACACGGAAGGCAUUAGCAGUGUGGUGCAACCGGACAAGUAUAAGCCAGUGCCAGAUGAGCCCCCAAAUCCCACAAACAUUGAGGAGAUCCUAAAGAGUGUUCGAAACAAUGAUAAGGAGCUGGAGGAGGUGAACCUCAAUAACAUACAGGACAUCCCAAUACCCAAGCUAACGGAGUUAUGUGAGGCAAUGAAGACAAAUACCUAUGUCCGGAGCUUCAGUCUGGUGGCCACAAGGAGUGGUGACCCCAUUGCCAAUGCGGUGGCAGACAUGUUGCGUGAGAAUCGUAGCCUCCAGAGCCUGAACAUUGAAUCCAACUUCAUCAGCAGCACAGGGCUCAUGGCUGUGCUGAAGGCAGUUCGGGAAAAUGCCACACUCACUGAGCUCCGUGUAGACAACCAGCGCCAGUGGCCUGGCGACGCAGUGGAGAUGGAGAUGGCCACCGUGCUCGAACAGUGUCCCUCCAUUGUCCGCUUUGGCUACCACUUUACGCAGCAGGGGCCACGAGCUCGGGCCGCCCAGGCCAUGACCCGGAACAAUGAACUACGUCGCCAGCAAAAAAAGAGAUAACACUACCUUUUCCCUUUACCAACUAGAGCUGGGAGCCCUGAAUACCUAAAUCCUCAUCUCUCACCCUUCCUGUAAAUAAAGGCCCUUCUGUCCACUCUGCCUGCCUCCUUCCUUGGGCUUUGGGGUGGGAAUCUUGGCGCUAACCCCCAAGGGUUACUGCCAAUUCAUCAGGGGAUUAUUUAUACUCUGGGGAUCAGCAGGCAGGGAGGCUCAAGUUACUAGGCGGAGGUGGGGGAGCUCCCUCCCUUGGUGUUCCCCAUGGCCCUGCCAAUGCUGUUAGUCCCUUCUGCUCUCAUAGGGACCUACCCCAGCCCUCUUUCCAGAAGUGGCCAGGCCCCCUGGUGCCUACCCACAACCCUCAUGUGAUCUGAAAGAGGAAAGGACUUUGAGUGGAGGUGGGGAAGAAGGCAGACAACAUGAAGGACAAAGACCUCCUUCUGACAGACUUAUUAAUAGGGCAUUGGGCUGCGUGCAGCUGACGCUUGGCAUGACUUUGGUAGAAGGUGGGGGAAGGGUUAGAAGUAUGGGGAGCCGUGUACAUUGUAGGGAAGAGUUAGCCAGGCUAAGAAUGCAGAUGUGAAAUCCUGAAAUGGGGGGUGCCUGGGUGGCUCAGUCAGUUAAGCAUCUGACUCAAUCUCAGCUCAAGUCUUUGUCUCAGGGUCGUGAGU